GCUGGUGGGUCAGCUGACCUGGGGUGUGGUCAUGUGACUAUCCGUGGACCUGAAUCUGCGGAAUCUAAACUCAGUCCGCAGCAACAAUGGGCCGGUUCCAGACUUCCGCGGUGUUGUUUUUCUUCGGGUUUCUCCUCCAUAAAGGACUCCCCAGUCCCGGGUCGGGGACCACAGAGGUGUGGGACUAUGUGGAGGUGCGACCCGGGGCCCACAUGUUCUGGUGGCUCUACUCAGCUGACAGCCCGGAUCUGCCCCUGGUCAUGUGGCUGCAGGGUGGACCAGGAGGAUCAGGAAGUGGAUUUGGAAACUUCGAGGAGAUUGGUCCUUUAAAUAGGGAUCUACAGCCCAGAAACACUAGUUGGGUGCAGGCAGCCAGUGUGUUAUUUGUCGACAACCCCGUGGGCACUGGCUUCAGCUACACUGAAAGACCAGACGGAUUUGCCACAGAUGUGGCCACGGUGGCCUCAGACAUGUUGGUCUUGCUGCAACACUUCUUUACAAAACAGGCAGAGUUUCAGAGUGUCCCCUUCUACAUCUUCUCUGAAUCCUACGGAGGAAAGAUGGCCGCCGUUAUCUCCUUGGAACUCACCAAGGCCAUAACCAAAGGGACGGUCAAAUGUAACUUUGCUGGUGUCGCACUUGGAGACUCAUGGAUUUCCCCACUGGACUCUGUCAUGACCUGGGGUCCUUACCUCUACGUAACUUCUCUGCUGGAUGAUUACGGCCUGGCAGAUGUAACCAAAGCAGCAGAGGCGGUGAAGGAAGCUGUGAACAACAAACAGUUUCUCAAAGCCACUGAGUUAUGGUCUGUGGCCGAGACGGUGGUGGAGCAGAACACCAAUGGAGUCAACUUCUACAACAUCCUCACCCAAGAACCUGAUGAUAAACGGACAAAGUCAUCACCUGAAGGGGACUUUAUCUUUCUGCAGAUACGCCGCCACAUUCAGCGUCUCCACAGUCUGUCACUGAGUGAACUGAUGAACGGGCCAAUCAGAAAGAAGCUGGGCAUCAUCCCACAGAACGUGACUUGGGGAGGUCAGGCUGAGGAGGUGUUCAGUAACAUGGCCGGAGACUUCAUGAGGCCGGUGGUGGACACUGUGGACCAGCUGCUGACCGCUGGCGUCAACGUCACCGUCUAUAACGGACAGCUGGACCUCAUCGUGGACACCAUGGGUCAGGAGCUGUGGGUGAAGCGGCUGAAGUGGGAGGGGCUUCCUUUCUUUAACAAAUUGAGGUGGACAGCCCUGGAUGACCCCGCCUCCCCGGGCGCCACUGGUGCCUUCUACAAGAAUUAUAAGAACUUUGGCUUCUAUUGGAUCCUCAAAGCUGGACACAUGAUCCCCUCGGACCAGGGGCCAAUGGCGUUGCAGAUGCUGAAGAUGAUUACCCAGCAGCAGGUCUGAAGCUCAGCGCUGAUGCUGUCUGGAACGGCUCUGACAAUCACACUCACCACAUCAUCCUUUAUAUUUGAUUCUGCUAAAUCAAACCAAAUCUCGCUUGUUUUCAAUGACAACCUGUGCAAAUUUUAGUUGUAAAGACAAUAAAGGCACUGUUUUUAUAAAUGUC